GUUUUCAAAUAAAUAUGCCGGGAUCAUCGUGGACUGUUGUAAAAUUCAACAAAGAAAAUUCAGUUGAAGCCGUACCAACUGCAUGGAUUAAUAAUAAUCGUUGUUAUUGGCCAUCUUUCCAACAAGAUAAAGUAAUAGCAGCAAUUCGAAAAAAUGAAGAGCCGGAUAUACAUUGGCCUUCAUAUGGAAUAACCAUUUUUCGAAAUAGCACUUACAAUGAUUACAUAACAGCAAGGGAGAAGUGUAAAAAAGCUGAAAAUACAUCAGAUUUAAACUCGGAAAUGUCUGGUGAAGAGAAGAAAAAGAGGAAAAUUAGGAAAAAGCAAUUUUUUUCUUCUUCUUCAGAAGACGAAUGCAGAUACAAUUUUGUGCCGACACCUCCUUCUUUGAAAGACAAUUAUGGACAAGAUGAGGUAAGAGAAAAUACCGAUGAAGAAGUUGCAAUAACACAAGAUGCAAGAAGUAACACAUCAAGAAGUUCAUGUUCUGGAGAGUCUUUUCAACAUAAUUUGUCUCUGAAAAAGCUCGAGCGUAUAAAAGCUAUAGACAAACAGGUAGCUGCACAACAGGACAAUAAUUUUGAGGUCAAUUGUGUUAAU